AAUAGUAUUUGCUUGACUUCAGACGCGAAUCGGUUGAAUACAAUUUUUUAGGGAACUCCAACGACAUAUUUUUAAGAAUGAGCCUUAGUGUUACACUGAUCCUUCUGUUCAGCUUGUGUUUGCAACACUCUCAGCUGCAACUGGCUCCCUUUUCCGAUCCCAAACCCUUGGCCAAUAAUCAGGUUUAUUUUCCUGGCUUGGAGGACGACUUGGACUGGAGUGGGGCCAACUGGCACAUGGUGAUCCGCUGGCUGAUGGAUCGCCAGCAGCUGCGAUUCUGCAUUGCCCUCGCCAGAUUCGAUGAGCAAUUGGUGCCCGGAACGGCCUGCCAGGCACUUUUGGCCAACGGGCCGCUGAUGGCCAACUGCGACAUUGGAAACAUCGAGGACCUGACCAUGACCAUGCGCUACGCCUUCGGCGAAAUUCUGCUGGAUACCAGUCGCAAGUGUCGACACGGCCUGGAGCUCUUUGGAGUUCGCUGCCGGCGGAGGGCGUAAUCGAAAACCAUCGACAACAAAUUUAUAUUUCAUCAAAUGCAAUGUGGGUUACACUUUUGAACAGAAAAAGUAUAGCAACGACAUAUUCUCCUGAAAUAUCCAAUGUGACACACUUAAUAGUCGUAUGACUACACAGAGAGAAUACUGACGUUCUCAUCUAAGUUGAAAAUGUUCUUAAAGUUAAAAAUAUUUUCAAUGUGCUUGAAUCAAGCUGAAUUUGCGGUGCUUACAUUGUUUAUCUCAAUAACACAACUAUAAUUAGUGUAUACUUAUCAAGAAGUUGUUAAAUAAACUCAAUUUAACUUUUCUCUUCUCACCAUUUUGUCCUGAUAUUAAGAACAUUGAACAAAAGUGUUUUUAAGAACUAAUGUUCUCAAUUCAAGAACAAUGUACUUGAAUAU